UGUGUAAGAGAGGCAGCAAUCCGCAUCGUGUACACAGCCUCAGCAGCAAAUUUUAACCGUCCAGUUACUAAAUUCCCAUUAUUAUAUUUCCACGCCAAAACAUUCGGGGCUAGAUUAAAAACACUCGGGGCUAGACCCCCUAAUAGAUAGUGCUAGCGACGCCCAUGCUUGCGCUUCUCUCAAAAAUGCUAUGAAACUACAAUACCCAAAAGCCUGUGCGUGGCGACCCACCACGAGCUCCAGUCACUCCCAGCGGUACGUCACAUCAUGACAGCGUGCAGAGAUAAAGAGGCUUCAACUGGGGAUUUAAACUGCUGUCUAGACGAGUAACCAACACAGAAAGCGGAUAUUUACAUGCAAAGCGGGACUUCAUACUAUGAUUGGACUUUAUAUUAUUGAAGUCUAUUUGAUAUCUUAUGUUUACGCAGUCAUGGAGACAGGAGAAGCUAGCAGAGACUGUUAGCUGCGUGAAUUGAGAAGCCAAAUCGUCCUCUCGGUGUCUCGGCUGAAGCGGUCUCAGGGAGUCACACCGACACACCCUAAUCUACAAUAUCCUGCUAUCGGCCAAACGAAGGAUGUUACAGAUGCCCACAGCUGCUUUACUUUAGGAUUUGGAUUUCGCUACUUCCGAUUCCUGUCAGUCAUAUGAAUAAUUUGCUAUAAAAUAACUAAGUAGCAUCAUAGAAGUCAUGAUUGUCCAGUUACAAUCUAGUCUGUUGGAAGAUAGAUAACGUUAGCCAGUUAGCUAGUGUGCGGUCUAUCAUAACUUCUCUAAGCUUUUGGCAUCGGACUGUUACAGAGGAACAUGAGUUCACCGAUGUACACGUUUGUGUUGCGAGAUGACAACAGUACUGUUUAUGCCGAGGUCGCAAAGAUCCUCACCGCGACUGGAAAAUGGAAACGACUGAAGAAGGACAAUCCUCGAUUUAAUUUAAUGUUGGGGGAGAGAAAUCGACUGCCUUUCGGACGACUGGGUCAUGAACCAGGACUGAUGCAGCUGGUGAAUUAUUACAGAGGAGCUGAUAAAUUGUGCCGCAAAGCAUCACUGGUCAAGAUUAUCAAAACCAGUCCGGAGUUGAAGGACUCUUGUAACUGGUUCCCUGAAUCUUAUAUCAUAUACCCAACCAACCUCAACACCCCAGUAGCUCCAGCCACCAAUGGCAUCAGUCACAUGAAGAGCAACCCUAAAACAGAUGAGCGAGAGGUCUUCUUAGCCUCGUAUCAGUCCAGAAAAGAGAGCGAUGAGGGAACAGUGUGGAUCGCCAAAUCAUCGGCAGGUGCUAAAGGUGCUGGCAUUUUGAUAUCUCAUGAUGCAAACCAGUUGCUGGAGUUCAUUGAUAAUCAAGGUCAAGUGCAUGUCAUUCAGAAGUAUCUAGAAAAUCCACUGCUGUUAGAACCUGGACAGCGCAAAUUUGAUAUAAGGAGUUGGGUGCUUCUAGACCAUCAGUAUAAUAUUUACCUGUAUCGCGAGGGUGUGUUACGGACGUCUUCCGAUCCUUACAACAGCUCGGAUCUUCAGGAUAUGACCAGUCACCUGACCAAUCACUGCAUCCAGAAAGAGCAUUCUCAAAACUACGGCCACUACGAGGAGGGCAACGAGAUGUUCUUCGAUGAGUUCAGACAGUACCUGUUGAGCACACACAAUGUUUCCAUGGAGACGUCCAUUUUACCUCAGAUCAAGCAUAUCAUCAGGAGCUGUCUCGCAUGCAUUGAGCCAGCCAUCAGCACUAAACAUCUUCCCUACCAGAGCUUUCAGCUCUUCGGGUUUGACUUCAUGCUGGACGAGAGCUUUAAAGUCUGGCUAAUUGAGAUCAAUGGAGCACCUGCCUGUGCACAGAAACUCUACUCCGAGUUGUGUCAGGGCAUUGUCGAUGUGGCCAUCUCCACAGCGUUCUCUCUGACUGCUGAUGCCCUUUCAUGCUCUCCUCCGUUCUCCACUUCUCCAUCGCUCCCCUCCAAUAACUGCUCCUCACCUAAAAUCAGAGCACCCCAUCACUUCGGCCCAUUCAUCAAACUAUAGCCAUCACAGGAUGCUGGUGAUGCCAUGUGAUAACCCCCCCUUCAAAGUCCUGCCUGAAAACAGCAUCAGCCAGUGUGUCUCUCAAUGAGGGUUAUUGGUGUACACCUGAUCUCACGGAUGAAUGAAGACGAAGGGGUGUAAUUCCUCUCCCACUUUUGUACCAAUCAGCCAUGUCUAUUUGCUACCAUAUAUCAUCUAUAAUACUAACGCAGAGUCCAUAUAUGAAUACAAAGAACUUGAAAGAUUAAAGAAAAUCCUACACAUACCUGGUAUGUCAGCUCCUGUAGAAAGGGUGAUUCACUUCCAAAGCCAAGUGUGAAGACUUAUUUUGCAAUUGAAGCUAUGAAUGUUUGGAGAUUUAACAUUCAAAAUGUGACUCAAAAGAAAUGGAUGGGUAGCACACAUUUGAAUGAGGAGGUAGCACCAAAGAGGAGGCUCGAGCUCCCUUAUGCUUCAGAUCUCUGUUGUGUCAACAAGACUCCUCAGGACUUUCCCAGGCACCUUGAUGUAACCAUGGAUGGACUUACAUUUUAUUCCUGAGACUUUAGUGCCUUACAUACUGAAUUCACAGACGCACAUCCUCGACACAAGCUCAUCUUGCUCAGCCAUCCCUUGAUUUUUCUUCAUUCAACUUCAUUGUGAAGUCUUUGUGUCCUAUCCACUGUGAAGUUCUUUUGUGUGAAUUUAGCUAGUGUGCAUUGAAUGGAUAUUUAUCAUUUGCAGUGUACAUAGUUAAGAUGUCUACAAGAAGUAUUUGUUGAAGCAGUAGAUUCAGAUUGUGUUUUACACUGUUGUCUUGUCACGGUUCAUCAGAAACCAGAUGUGUAUAUUAAGUUUGUCUUAAACGUCCAUUGGUUCUAUAUCAUACAAUCACAUUUUACAUCUGUACUGAACAUUGGGAAAGCAUCAGGUGUUAUUCUAAGGGGCGGUUUCCCAGACAAGGAUUAUUUUUAAGAAGGAUUAGGCCUUAGUUAAAUAAGGAUAAUUAAGUUGUUUUGAAAACCAUACAAAAAAAAUUACAAUGUGCAUCUUGAGACAAAACAAUCACAGUGAUAUAUUUUAAUAUAUGUCAGUGCAAGUUGUUUUCGAUCAAGGCAUCUUUAACAUUCAAGUUAUUCUGAGACUAGGCUUAACCCCUGUCUGGGAAACGGCCUUCAAAUGUUUAAGUUAAUGAAAGCAGGUGACAUCAGAUAGCCUGUAUUCCUCCACCAGUUUUUAACUUUCGUUGUGUGAACGAGUUAAUCUUUUGUGCAUUUAGGUGUCGCAUGUCAAAGCAUGUUGAAUGCUGCGUUCUUAAUACAUUAUACAAUAGAUAACUCCAAGGUAAUAAUUCACACUCUUAUAAAAGAAAAAUGCUUUGGAUUGUAUGUUAAGAUGAAAACGUAAUAAUCAGGCCAUUAGAAUCUCAUAUGUCUUAUUAACAUUUCAAAAAUGAAUGAAAAAAAAAAAGAUUGUUUUGUAGUGCAGAAUUCGACAUAAGAUACGAGUCUGAUACAAUGACCGGUAAUUUGUUGGAUGGGCAAUGUGUCUAAAACAGUGUUCACUUAGCAUUUCUGAUAACUACACUUGAAUGGGAGGUUUCUGAUGUCAGAUGUUACUUUGUCUACAGUCUGGUUAUUAACAGCAGAUAACCUGUACGUGUUUAUGAGGCCUGUGAUGAAAAUGUGAGCAGAUGUCAAAAUGCAGCAGUGUGUCAUCAGUAUUAACAGUGUCUUAUAUGCAGCAAAGGAAGGAUUUUUGUUUGAGUUUAAACAGUAUUAUAAUUUUUUGAAGUGAAGUGGUUUAGAUCUUCAUUUAUCUCUGUAACCUCUCUUUGCAUUGACUUUGCGGUUCAGUUUGGGUUUGCUAUUUAACAAUACGCUGACAAGAGUUUGUAUGUAGCCGGAAUGAAGGAAAACAUCUCCAUCUAACCAAAGAUCAGUGUGAUUAUUGUAAUUAACAUUACUGAUAUGAUUUGAGUUGUGGAAUGCUGUAGUUUUCUCCUCUAUCUGCCUCAAGAAAACAAUGCAAUGUUGUAUUUCUUAGGUUUGCUUGUAUUUUUUACUGUUGUUCAGACCAUAUAGAACACUAUUUUGAUUUUGCAAAAGUGUUUGUCAUUCAAAUCAGCAUCCAUCAUGUGCAAUAAAUUAGUUUCCUAAAUA